GCAGCGGGGGCAGUCGAGUGUCUGAGCAGCCAUGAGGAGGAACGCGCAACUGCUGGCGGCCGUCUUGCUGUGCCUCGCGGGGGCGGUGGCCGGCUACGGGGGCAGGAAGAGGCCCACCCACGCGCCGUCGACGCCGGCGUCAGAGUUUCCCGAGGUGCAGACGCCGCAGGGCCGGCUCCGGGGAAGCCUGCUGCGCUCGCUCGACGGCCGAACCAUUUACUCCUUCCGCGGAGUGCGUUACGCACAGCCUCCCGUGGGGGAGCUCCGCUUCAAGCCGCCAGUGCCAGUAUCAACCUCUGCCACCUCUUCACGUAGUAUUGUGGAUGCUACAAAGGAUGGAGCAUUUUGUCCUUCAAUACGAGAACUAAAUACUAACGCAACUUCUGAAGACUGUUUGUUUCUCAAUGUGUACACAACAAAAUUGCCAGACAGAAGAGGAAACCCAAGGAGGCCAGUGAUGAUCUUCCUUCAUCCUGGUGCUCUUUACCUUUUUAGAGGAUCUAGUGACUUGUUUGGUCCCCAGUAUUUGAUGGAUGAGGACAUAGUUCUGGUGACUCUCAACUACAGGCUUGGAGCUUUAGGAUUCCUGAGCACCGGAGAUUCAGUUCUUCCUGGAAAUAAUGGAUUCAAGGAUCAAGUGAUAGCUUUUCGAUGGGUGCAGCAAAACAUUGCUUUAUUUGGAGGUGACCCAGGCAGUGUAACUAUUGCUGGCUAUAGUGCUGGGUCCAUCAGUGUGUAUUUGCAUAUGCUGUCUCCAAUGUCCAGAGGCCUUUUCCACCGAGGUAUGGCAAUGAGUGGUGCUGAUUUGACAAAAGGCAUUACUGACCCACUGGGGCAAGCCAGACUGCAAGCAAGGUUGGUGAACUGCACUGAUACAACUUCAGAAGAGAUUAUUAACUGCCUGAAAGGAAAGGAUGCUUUUGAAAUUGCAGAAUCAGCAGCAAUUUUAUACCAAUGGAACAGCAGUACCCCAAGUUCAUUUGGUUACGUCGUUGAGCAAGAUCUUGGAGAUGGAGCUGAAAGAUUUGUAACAGCUGAUGUCACAGAACAGCUUCUUAAAGGGAAUUUUGCUCAAAUUCCUUUGAUAAGUGGAUCAACCAAAGAUGAACUCACCUGGCUGCCAAUACAAACUCUUGAAGGCAAUUUUUCACAGUCCGCAGUAGAUAGUUAUGUGACAGCACUUUUAACUGGUCUCUUCCAAGACAGAAAUGCUACAGAGCUAGCAGAAUUGAUUCAGCAAGUAAAGGAAUUUUACUUUAAUGAUAGACAAACAGCUAAUGAGACUGGAGUUGCUCUUGGACAAUUAUAUUCUGACAUCAUUGUGAUAUUCCCAGUGGAUCGUGCAACCAAGCUAGUGUCUCGGCGGAACACAGCACCUGUAUAUUAUUACCAUUUUGUUUACCAGGGCAGGUACAGCUGGGCAUACUUACCGGGAACACAAACUCCGUAUGGUGUUUCCCAUCAUGAUGACCUCAUCUACUUAUUCUACAUCUCAGCAUUGGUCCCCGAAUUUGUUAACACAGACCCUGAAUAUACAACAGUAAAAAGAAUGACAAAAAUGUGGUCAAAUUUUGUCAAAACUGGCAAUCCUACAUCAGAGAAGACAGAUCUGGUCAAUGUCACCUGGGAGACCCUGACACCUUCAACACCACGCCACUUACAGAUAGGCUCCCAACUGACUAUGAAGCAAGGAUUGUUCUAUGAGGACCGCAUACGGCUAUGGGAAAGGCUCUCCCCUCUGCCUAAUGUUUCAAGAAGCUCCAGGAAGAAGACAGGCUAAAUGAGCAGAGAACAAGACUGGCAUUACUCUCUCAACUAAGAAAGCAUUUUCCAAGCACCGCAGUGGUGUUCAACUAUAUUAGAAGUGUACUAGAAGAGAAUUUGAUGUGUGAUGUAUUUACAUAACUUGUGCUUAUAUUUAUGUAUUCCCACUGUGACAAUGAAGUCCAGAAAUAAAACUGAUAAAGUAUUUGA